GCCGCUUCCGCGAGAGGUGGCGUCCGACGGGCAUGGAGGAGCUGCCCGUCGUCGUGGUCCUGCUCCUCCUCCUCUCCUCACUGCUUGUCCCGCUGGUGCUCCUGGAUAGGAGGCGCCGCGGUCGGCGGACGCCUCCGUUCAGUCUCCUGGUGGUGGCCGGCUCUGGUGGGCACACAACAGAAAUCCUGAGAUUACUCAGCUGUUUGUCAGAGUCAUACUCUCCUAGACAUUAUGUUUUGGCAGACUCAGAUAAGAUGAGUGAAGCUAAAAUUCGUUCUUUUGAACAAAAAAGGGCUGAAACCUUCUCUGAGUCCCAGUUCAGCCUGGAUCGCAUUCCCAGGAGCCGGGAGGUCAGACAGUCCUGGGUCUCCUCUGUGCUAACAACACUGUACUCCAUACUUUACGCUCUCCCUCUGACCUACAAACGGAAACCAGAUUUGAUAUUGUGCAAUGGACCAGGAACAUGUGUUCCUGUCUGUUUAUCUGCUUUUCUUCUUGGCCUUCUACGAAUAAAGAGAACAAUUAUUGUGUAUGUAGAGAGCAUCUGCCGUGUGGAAACUUUAUCCUUGUCUGGAAAGAUUCUUUACUACUUUUCAGAUUAUUUCAUUGUUCAGUGGCCUGAUCUAAAGAAAAAAUAUCCCAAGUCAGUGUAUCUUGGUCGAAUAGUGUAACAACAGAAGACAAGAUAAACUUUACCUGCUCCUCACUUGCAUUCCUGUAGUAAUUUAUUUUCCAGAAUUCCUGUUACUAAAUUAGGCUGGUACUUAAAAUGAGACAAUAAAGAUUUCUCUACAUUUAAGUAAAA